UGCAAUCUUGAGGUUCAUAUUAGUUGUUAGUUCGCCCUCAAUGGCCAGCGCAAGAGAUAAUACAAGGGUUGGAAGCGUACAAACUCCAGUUGUUGAAGAGAUAGUACCAAAUUCUGGAUGGACAGAGGACUCCGCAGGCCAUUAUCUUCUAGUGGAUCUUCCCGAUUUCAGGAAGGAAGAGGUGAAGCUUCAGGUUGAUAGCUAUGGACGUAUUCUUGUAAGGGGAGAAAGGCAAGAAAAUGAGAGGAAACGUGUUCAUUUUCGGCUGACUUUUCCGGUACCAGUGGAUUCUGAUGUGGAUAAGAUAGCAGGAAGGUUUGAUGGUGGAAUCCUUUACGUAACUGUCCCCAAGGGAAUAGUACAGCAGCAGAAAGGAAAUGAAACUGAGAAUGCUGAACAUGGUGCAGUUGAAGGAGCAAAAGAAGAUGACAGCCCUGCACCCAAUGCUGAUGAGGGGAGGAGAGAUCCCAGUCAACAUGGCAACCAUACAGAGCAAGAAGUAAAAAGAAAUGAAAAUCAGGUCAUUGGAAAUUUUCCUGAGCAAGUAAUAAGGAUGUGGGAGCAAGAUUCCAUGUUCAGAAGUGCAGUGGAGGUUUUGAUGAAGAACAAAGGAAUUGUAAUAACAGCUGUUAUAGCCUUUUCGUUGGGGGUGUUCAUAUCUCGUAAAAUUUGA